AUGGUGAAACCACGCGCGAGGUCCAACAUGGAAGCUUCAGGCACCGCCCGGCGGCGCGCGACAUUGACGCGAGCGCUCGGCACGCUUGUGCUGGGAGGGGCGCUGCUUUCGGCGCCCGGUUGCGAGUGGGACGGCUGGCUGAUCGAUCCGUCGGUAGUCGGGCGUUGGGAGCACACCCCCACCGUUGUGCCGAUCCUCGACCGGAUCGACGUGAUCGAGCGUGACACGGGCGAAUUCGCCGAUGUGACGGACAUUCUUCCCGAGGACCUGAUCCCGGAGCCGUCGGACUACCGCUCGGGCCCCGGCGACGUGAUCCAGAUCGACAUCCUCGAGUUUCUCGAGGGCGGGGCGGCGGUGCAGUACCAGCGCCAGAUCGACACGCGUGGCUUCAUCGAUGUGCCGCAGCUGGGUCGCCUGUACGUGGCGAACCUGACGCGCGAGGAGAUCGAGCAGGAGAUCAAGCGGACGAUCCGCGAGGCUGACCUUCUGGAUGAUCCGCUGGCGACGGUGCAGUUCCUGGCUCGUCGCGAGCAGGCGUUCAGCAUUUUCGGCGCGAUCCCGGGCGUGGGUCGCUACCAGAUCCCGAGCCCCGAUUUCCGCCUUCUUGAGGGGAUUACCGACGCGGGUGGCGUUUCGCCGACCAUCCCGUUCAUCUACGUCAUCCGUCAGGUGCCGCUGGAUCAGUCCGUCCGCACGGGGUUCCAGAUCCCGGGCCGGAACCAGAACAGCGGCCAGCAGGGCGGUGAGAACGAGCCGCCGGUGCGUGACAGCGGGCCGAGCCUGGAUGAGCUCCUCGAGGAGCUGUCGGGCGACGAGGAGGUCGGGGGCAGCCCCGGGUACCUCGGCCUGAGCGAUCUUGGGGAUGACCAGCCGAUUUCGAACACCCGGACCGAGCCCACGCGCCUGGCGCUGCUGGAGCAGGACGGGCAGGACCCGAUCGUGGACCUUUUCGACUCUGAUGCCCCGUCGACGCCUUCGACGGCCGGGAACGGCGCCUCGUCGAGCCCGUACGGGACGCAGAGCGCGAAGUGGGUCUUCCUGGACGGCCAGUGGCGGAAGGUGACGCGUGCGUCCAACCAGAGCGCCUCCGGGCUGCCCGAGGGGGACGAUCCGCUGGCGGACGACACGAUCAAUGUGGACGACCUGGUGACGCAGCGUGUGAUCCGGGUUCCGGUGAAGCCGCUGCUGCAGGGUCUGGCUCAGUACAACAUCGUUGUGCGUCCGGGCGACGUGAUCUCGGUGCCGGGCCCGGAUCAGGGCUUCGUGUACCUGGGCGGCCCGGGCAUCAACCGCGGCGGCGUGUACGCCCUGCCUCAGGCCGGGCGUCUGACGCUGACCAAGGCGGUGAUCGCGGCGGGCGGUCUCAGCGCGGUGGGUAUCCCGCAGCGUGUGGACCUGACCCGGAUGGUGGGCCCGGACCGCCAGGCGACGGUCCGGCUGGACCUGAAAGCCAUUUUCGAGGGCACGCAGCCCGAUAUCUUCCUGAAGCCGGACGACACGCUGAACUUCGGCACGAACUUCUGGGCGACGCCCCUGGCGAUUAUUCGCGGCGGUUUCCGGAUGACGUACGGCUUCGGGUUCCUGCUGGACCGGAACUUCGGCAACGACGUCUUCGGCGCCCCGCCGACGAACUUCCAGAACUGUUUUUGGGUGAUCGCGGCGGAUUCCGGAGCCGCGGCGGAGUUGCGUCCCGGGGGAGCCGACUAUGUAAUCGCGUUCCCGCGUUCGCAUGGCCGUGGGUCGAUGGUGAGGUUUAUGAGCGCUCUGAAGAGCUCGACAUCCGGAGCUGGCGGGAUCACCGCCGCUUCCGAACGCGCGUCACGCGUUCUCGGACGCUUUACGUCCGCUGAUGUGGUGAUGGCGUCGCUGAUCGGGCUCGGCGUUGUGGCGCUGUUCUACCGCUGGAUCGUGCGUCAGCUGGGCCCGAACGGGUUCAGCGCCCGGAUGUUCGAGGACUGGGGCCACGCGUACUUCGUUCCGAUCGUGUGCGGGUUCUACAUCUGGAAGAACCGCGAGCGUCUGGCGACGUUGCCGGUGCGACCGUUCUGGCCGGCGCUGGUGAUGCUGCCUCUGGCGGUGGUGACGUACCUGUACUUCGUGCUGGUGUACUCGACGCACAUGUUCCAGGGCUUCGCGAUGAUCCUCGCGGUGGCGGGCGUGAUCCUGCUGGUCGCGGGCCCGGUGGUGUUCCGGGCGUUGCUGUUCCCGAUCGUGUACCUGGGCUUCGCGGUGACGAUCGCGGAAUCGGUGAUGAACGCGAUCACGUGGCGUCUGAAGAUCAUCGCGUCGCAGGGCAGCCACAUCAUGCUGAACAUGAUCGGUGUGGAGACGGACAUCAGCGGGAACAUUCUGUACAUCUCGCAGGGCCUGACGACGCACCCGCUGAACGUUGCGGACGCGUGCUCGGGGAUGCGGAUGGUGGUGGCGUUCAUCGCGCUGGGGACGGCGGUGGCGUUCCUGGCUUCUUCGUCGAGGGAGUGGUGGAAGCGGAUCGCGAUCGUGACGGUGUCGCUGCCGGUGGCGGUGUUCAUGAACGUGGUGCGCGUGUCGGUGCUGGGCGUGCUGACGCUGAUCAACCCGUCUCUGGCGGACGGCGAGGCGCACACGCUGAUCGGGACGAUCCUGCUUGUUCCGUCGUUCCUGCUGUUCCUGGGCAUCGUGGCGGUCUUCGAUAGGCUGACGGUGACGGAGGAGGAGCUGGAGCAGCGGCGCAAGGGCAAGGGGAAGGGCCAGGCCAAGGCGGAGCAGAUCCGCCUGUCGAAGGACCCGAUCUACCCGCCGGAGAACAUCAAGUUCACGGCGAUGCCGACGCGAUUCGAGGGGUGGGAGCGGAUCGGCGUGGACGAGCAGAUCGAGGGCGAGGAGCUCCGGGUGCUCGGGACGGACAAUUACCUGACGCGGAACUUCGUGCAGACGGACGUGGCGGAGGACGCGAAGGCGUUCUCGCUGCACCUGGCGUACUACACGGGGACGAUCGACACGGUGCCGCACGUGCCGGAGCGGUGCAUGGUGGGCGCGGGGUGGCGGAUCAUCGGCUCGCCGCGUGUGGUGGACGUGCCGAUCACGUUCCGCGAGGAGGGUCGCGACGUGCUGAUCCGCGACCCGGACGUGGACCGUGAGUACGGCGACGUGUGGCUGAUGCGCGACCCGGUGACGGGGCGGCGCGUGCGGAUGCCGCUGGGGCUCGAGAAUCUGAAACUGAACGUGACGCACUUCGAGAACGAGACGGGGAGCCGUCGUCAGUUCGCGGGUUACUUCUUCGUCGCGAACGGUGCGAUCUACCCGACGGCGAACCAGGUGCGCGUGAACGCGUACAGCCUGAGCAACCGGUACGCGUACUACGCGAAGGUUCAGUUCACGAGCAACGACGUGGAGUCGUCCGAGGAGCUGGGGGAGCUCGCGGGCGAGUUUUUGGACGAUUCGUUCCAUUCCAUCAUGCGGCUGCUGCCCGACUGGGUGGAGGUCGAGGCUGGGCGGUACCCGCCCGAGGCGUCUUCGGUGGCGCCGUGA